AUGUAUCUUCCACGGCAGCUCAUCUCGCACCUAUACCUACAACUCCUCCGAUCUCACCACCCGCUCUCCCCGCCGGUUCUCAUUCUCGUGGCACUCGAACCGGACGCGCUCUGCGCGUGUCGGAUCCUUACGGCACUGUUAAAACGCGACUAUAUCCCCCACAAGAUCCAUCCUGUCGCAGGAUAUGGCGACCUGGCGCGCGCAGGGGAGGAACUGGUCCGGCCGAUGCAGACCAUCAAUGGCGGUAGCGGGGGUGUGGUGGUGUGUCUCGGGGUAGGUGGAUUGGUCGACCUAGGUGAAAUAUUGAAUUUGAACAACGCGGAGGACGGGGUGGAGGAUAUGGGAGGUAUCGAGAUAUGGGUCUUCGACGCGCGCCGGCCGUGGAACCUCGGCAACGUCUUUGGUGGCCAGGCAGGACUGGGUCAGGCGAUGGCGGAAAUUGAUGUUAACGCGCGACGACGCGGGCGCGGGGUGGAAAAAGGGUGUAUCACGCCUGCUUACACGUCGAAGAACGGCGGCAUCGUCGUAUUUGAUGAUGGCGAUAUUCAGGAGGAACUCAGCAACGAACGCGACGCAUUUUACGCGCUCUUGGAAAUGCCCGAGGUGGACGACGAUGACGCGAGCGAUGACGGAUCUGUUAUUGGCGACGAUGGGGACAUGGCCUCUGGUUCUAAGAAACGCAAAUCGUGGUCAGGACGUGAGGAUGAAGACGAAUCAGAAGAUGAAGCCGGGCCUCCCCGUCAACGGAAACGAAGUAAUUCGGGCUCGUCGCUGGUCUCGUCUCCUAGCCGGCGAAGAACCGCCAUCAAUUCGUCAAACUCGUCCCGUUCCCCGACUCCUACAUCAGAUUCACCUUCACCAGCGGAGCCGGAGCAGCCAUCGGCACGAUCUCUAAAGCGACGGCUUCUUCGACUCAAGCGCAAACACGAGACAGUCUUGCAAAAAUACUACUCCGCAGGAACGUCCUACUCGGAGCCGAUCUCGUCGUUACUCUACUCUCUCGCAUCCGAACUUGGCCGUGAGGACAACGAUCUCCUCUGGCUUGCGAUUAUCGGUGCCUCGAGCUUGGAACUCAGCGGUCGAACCAUGAGCGGUGUUGGCAUUUCAAAUACAUCAGAAUCAGGCGGAUCCGCGGGCUGGGGUGGGCAACGUGGAGAGCAUAUCCGUCAGAUCCUCCGAGAUGAAGUCCACCGUUUGAAUCCACCAGACCCUUUCGAGCGGGACCGAGAUAUCAGGGGGGAGAUUAAUGGUGUCAUUCCAACCACAGCCAGGUCUCCUACAGAUACAUCGAUUCGUCUCUCGCCUGAACCUCGCUUCCUUCUUGUCCGACACUGGUCGCUCUACGAUAGCAUGCUGCACAGCCCUUAUCUGGCAACGAGGCUCCACGUCUGGACUGAGAAUGGUCGCAAACGCCUCCACAAGCUUCUGGCAAAGAUGGGCGUCAGUUUAAGCCAGUGCCACCAAAAUUACACGCAUAUGGAUAUGGAGCUGAAGCGGGUAUUGCGCGGGCGCCUUCUCAAAUACGCGCCAAUGUACGGUUUGGAUGGGCUGGUGCCUCCGGAGCCAUCUGGCGGCUAUGCUAGCUCCCGUGAGGGCUGGGGCUUUGUGCGCUGCUGGGGUUGGAAGGCUUGCCUGUCUGCUACCGAUGUGGGUGUCAUUGUCGGUGCUAUGCUAGAAGUUGGGCCGCACGAGGCCUCUGGGGCGUGGGAUGUUAAACGCCUUCCACGGCCACGGGGUUCGAACGAUGAUCCUGAAAGCAGCGGUGGUCCCGGCGAAUCCGACUUGGCUAGCCUUCUUCCUCGGUUCUGGAGUGCAUAUGAUGCUCUCUCGCUGACGUCCGAGUCGCCUACUCUUCUCAUGGAGUCCCUGCCCUUGGCCCAGCAUCUUCACCGUGCCAUUCUCCGCACUGGCACAUCCCUGCUCUCUAAGCACCAGAUUCGUCAUCUUCGAGCAUUUCGUAUUGCAGUCGUCAAAGAUGGACCCGAUGUGAAGCUUUUCACUAAUCCUGGCGCUCUCACCAAAUUGGCUCUAUGGAUUGCCGAGGCCAUCAAAGUCCAAGAGCGCGAGAAGGGUGACUCGGUCAAGAUCGGACGGAAGAGAGCAGCGGGCACUCCUCUUGUUCUUGCCGGGCUAGAUGAGGACCGAGAUCUCUACGUGGUAGUGGGUACCGGUGGUGGCGGCGGCGUGAUUGACUUUGCUGCCAUGUCAAAGCGCCAGGAAGAACGCCGGCACAAGAAAGAGGCAAGAGAGAAGAAACAGAAAGAGAAAGAAGAGCGGCGGGCCCGGCGCGCAGCUGAGCGUGCCGUACAAGAAGACGAUGAUGACGAAGAAGAGGAGUCGGAGGAAUCCGACUCGUCAUCGGAAUCCGAGUCCGAAGAUGAAGAUCCCCGGGGGAAGAAAAACCUACUCCGCAAUCGGUUUGGCAUUGCCUUCCAGGAGGUGGUCCAGGAGACCAACGCCCGAGUCCGCAUCGACAGCUUCGACCAUUGCGUCGUUGAGGUUCAAAAAGAUGACUUGGGAGGCUUCCUCGAGGCACUGAGUUUCCGCAGCGUGGUUGGCUAA